AGAGAGGAGGGGGGCCCUGCCUCUAAAGGGCGUCUCUCUGGGGAGAGAGAGGAGGGGGGCCCUGCCUCUAAAAUGAGUCUCUCUGGGGAACAUGACACCAAAUCUAAGAGACCAAUCAAGCAGGAGAGACCAGCCUCCCCUGUUCCCAGCUGUGUGUCCAUGAAGAGUGACCGGUCUAUGAUGCAACCUAUAGUGUUUAGAGAGGGAGCCUCCCCUGUCUCCAGCUGUGAGAGUGACAAGUCUAUGAGUCCUCCUCUAACCUUUAGAGAGGGAGACUUUUCUACUGAACAAAGCCCAAUCAAGCAGGAGAGACCAGCCUCCCCUGUUCCCAGCUGUGUGUCCAUGAAGAGUGACUGGUCUAUGGAUCUUCCUCUAUACUUUAGAGAGGGAGACUUUUCUCCUGAACAAAGAAACCAACAGGAGAGAUCAGAGUCAGAGAUUCUCAGUGGUCAGUCUUCCCAGAGUCAUCAAACAGACCUGGACUCCAUAUUCAGUUUGCUUGAAGAGAAAAUUAUGACAUUUGUGAAGAACGAGCUGAAGAUGUUCAAGAGGAUUCUUAGUCCAGAACUCCCAGAAGGCUUUGAGAGUAAGAAGCAGGACAAGGAAAUGGUGGAUGCUGAAGAUGAGAAGCAGGAGAGCAGUGCCAGAGAGGGGGCUCUGAAGAUCACACUGCACAUCCUGAGGAAAAUGAACCAGAAGGAGCUUGCUGACACACUGGAGAAAUAUUCAGAUGAGCUUGCUGUGAUUUGCCAACGUGAACUCAAAUCUAAUCUAAAGAAGAAGUUUCAAUGUGUAUUUGAGGGGAUCGCUAAACAAGGAAACCCAACACUUCUCAAUAAGAUCUACACAGAGCUCUACAUCACAGAGGGUGGAACAGGAGAGGUCAAUAAUGAACAUGAGCUGAGACAGAUUGAGACAACAACCAGGAAACAAGCAAGACCAGAGACUGCAAUCAAAUGUAACGACAUCUUCAAACCCUUAACUGGACAAGACAAACCUAUCAGAACUGUGCUGACAAAGGGAGUCGCUGGCAUUGGAAAAACAGUCUCUGUGCAGAAAUUCAUUCUGGACUGGGCUGAAGGAAAAGCAAAUCAGGAUGUCCAAUUUGUAUUUUCAUUCCCUUUUCGGGAGCUGAAUUUGAUGAAAGGGGACAAACACACUUUCAUUGAACUUCUUAAUCACUUCUCAAUGGAAACCAAACAAUCAAGAAUCUCCAACUACGACAAGUACAAAGUUCUGUUCAUCUUUGAUGGUCUGGAUGAGUGCCGACUGCCCCUAGACUUCCAGAAGAACAAGAUCUGUUGGGACGUCACAGAGUCAACCUCAGUGGAUGUUCUGCUGACAAAUCUCAUCAGGGGAAAUCUGCUUCCCUCUGCUCUCCUCUGGAUAACUACCCGACCUGCAGCAGCCAAUAAGAUCCCUUCAUGGUGUGUUGACCAGGUAACAGAAGUACGAGGGUUCAAUGACCCACAGAAGGAGGAGUACUUCAGGAAGAGAUUCAGUGAUGAGGACCUGGCCAGCAGAAUCAUCUCACACAUAAAGACAUCAAGGAGCCUCCACAUCAUGUGCCACAUUCCAGUCUUCUGUUGGAUUUCUGCAACAGUCCUUGAACACAUGCUGAAACAUAAGAGAGAAGAGAUGCCCAAGACUCUGACUGAGAUGUACACACACCUUGUGGAGUUUCAUACCAAACAGAAGAAUGAAAAGUAUCUUGGGAAAGAAGAGACAGGUCCACACUGGAAUAAAGAGAGCAUUCUGUCACUGGGAAAACUGGCUUUUCAACAGCUUGUGAAAGGCAAUCUGAUUUUCUAUGAAGAAGACCUGAAAGAGUCUGGCAUUGAUGUUAAUGAAGCCUCAGUGUACUCAGGAUUGUGCACACAGCUCUUUAAAGAGGAAUGUGUGCUGUACCAGGACAAGGUGUACUGCUUUGUUCAUCUGAGCAUUCAGGAGUUUCUGGCUGCUGUAUAUGUGUUCCUCUCAUUCAUCAACAACAAUGAGAAUCUAAUGGACAAACUGCAAACAAACGACAAGCCUGAAGUUACUUUCUACAAGAGUGCUGUGGAUAAAGCCUUACAAAGUGAGACGGGAAACCUGGACCUUUUCCUCCGCUUCCUUCUGGGCCUCUCACUGGAGUCCAAUCAGAAGCACUUACGAGGUCUACUGACAAAGACCAGAAGCAGCUCACAGAGCCAUGAAGAAACAGUCGAGUACAUCAAGGAGAAGAUCGGGGAGGAUCUCUCUCCAGAGAGGAGCAUCAAUCUGUUCCACUGUCUGAAUGAACUGAAUGACCAUUCUCUAGUGGAGGAGAUCCAAAGCUACCUGAGAUCAGGAAGUCUCUCAAAACCCAACCUGUCACCUGCACAGUGGUCAGCUCUGGUCUUUGUGUUGCUGACUUCAGAAAAGGAGCUGGAUGUGUUUGACCUGAAGAAAUACUCCAGAUCAGAGGAAGGUCUUCUGAGGCUGCUGCCAGUGGUCAAAGCCUCCAGAGCUGCUCUGCUGUCAGGCUGUGGAGUCACAGAGGAAGGCUGUGCUUCUCUGGUCUCAGCUCUGGAGUCAAACCCCUCACACCUGAGAGAGCUGGAUCUGAGUAACAAUGACUUGAAGGAUUCAGGAGUGAAGCUGCUCUCUGCUGGACUGGGGAAUCCCCACUGUAAACUGGAGACUCUGAGGCUGUCAGGCUGUCUAGUCACAGAGGAAGGCUGUGCUUCUCUGGUCUCAGCUCUGAGGUCAAACCCCUCACACCUGAGAGAGCUGGACCUGAGCUACAAUCACCCAGGAGACUCAGGAGUCAGACUGCUCUCUGCUGGACUGGAGGAUCCACACUGCAGACUGGAGAAACUCAAUGUGGAACAUGGUGGAGAGAACAGAAUGAAACCUGGACUUAGAAAAUAUGUCUGUGAUCUCACACUGGACCUAAACACAGUAAACAGACUCCUCUCUCUGUCUGAGGGGAACAGAAAGGUGACAUGUAGGAGAGAGGAGCAGCCGUAUCCUGAUCACCCAGAGAGAUUUGAGGACUGUGAACAGGUGCUGUGUAGAGAGGGUCUGACUGGGCGCUGUUACUGGGAGGUAGAGUGGAGUGGGAGAAGGGCUGAUAUAGGAGUGACAUAUAAAGGAAUCAGCAGGAGAGGAGGGGUUAAGGACUGUUAUCUUGGAUGGAAUGACAAGUCCUGGAGUCUGAACUGCUCUGACAACAGUUACAUUGCCUGGCACAAUAAUAAUCCCACUACCAUAGACGUCCCCUCCUCCAGCCCCCACAGAGUAGGAGUGUAUCUGGACUGGCCAGCCGGCACUCUGUCCUUCUAUAGAGCCUCCUCUGACAUACUGACCCACCUGAUCACAUUCACCUCCACAUUCACUGAGCCCAUCUAUCCAGGGAUUCAUAUUUGGUAUGAUGGCGACUCAGUGUCUCUGUGUCAAACACAACAUGAUGUUUCACUCUAAUCAGGGUCAUGUUCAGUAUGACACACUGGAGCAACAAUGUAGAAUAUCUCUAGUGUGUUAACCUCUCUAUCCAGGGUGUUUGGUAUGAAUAUCUCUCUAGUGUGUUAACCUCUCUAUCCAGGGUGUUUGGUAUGAAUAUCUCUCUAGUGUGUAAACCUCUCUCCAGGGUGUUUGGUAUGAAUAUCUCUCUAGUGUGUAAACCUCUCUAUCCAGGGUGUUUGGUAUGAAUAUCUCUCUAGUGUGUAAACCUCUCUAUCCAGGGUGUUUGGUAUGAAUAUCUCUCUAGUGUGUUAACCUCUCUAUCCAGGGUGUUUGGUAUGAAUAUCUCUCUAGUGUGUUAACCUCUCUAUCCAGGGUAUGACUCCUCUUCAGUGUCCCUGUGUCAAACACAACAUGAUGAUUCAAUCUAUUCUUUUGUGUUUAUUUAACCUUUAUUUAACUAGACAAGUCAGUUAAGAACAAAUUCUUAUUUUGCAAUGACUUCCUUCCCCGGCCCAACCCUCCUCUAACCCAGAUGAUGCUGGGCCAAACCCUCCCCUAACCCAGAUGAUGCUGGGCCAAACCCUCCCCGAACCCAGACGAUGCUGGGCCAAUUGUGUUGCCUUUCCCGAUCGUUAUUGUUUCUGUUGAGAUACAGCCUGGGAACGAACCAGGGUCUGUAGUGACACCUCUAACUCUGAGAUGCUGUGCCUUAGACCGCUGCACCACUCAGGAGCACUUGGGUGUGUUACCUUUGACUUUACCAGUAAUUUACUGAUGUAAUGGAACACUGAUGUAAUGGAACACUGAUGUAAUGGAACACUGAUGUAAUGGAACACUAAGUGGUCUGAAGGGGAUGCUAUGCUACAUCUGUAUGUUAAACCCUUUACUGGGAAGUUGUGUCUGAGUUUCAUUAGUGGUCUGAAGGGGAUGAGAUGCCAACAUAUUUAUCUCUCAUACAUCCCACUUAUACUUGGAGCACAGUGUCGACCACAGGCCCUGGAGCAGUGUAGUGCCCUGCUCAACCACACUGUCAUUGGUGUGUGUGUGGUGCAGGUAAGACAUCUUUCUACUGAUAAUUAGUAUUCCUCAUCACUGUCUCUAUUCCCCUGUGGCUCAGUUGGUAGAGCAAGGGGUUAGCAACAUCAGGGUUGUGGGUUUGACUCCCACAGGGGACAAGUACUAAAAUGUAUCACUAACUACUGUGAGUUGUGCUGGAUAAGAGCUUAUGAUGAAUGACUGGAAUAUAUCAUGUAUUUACUUCCUGUUUAUUUCCAUGGUAACAAAAUGUAUCUCUCGAUGUAGCCAUAGUUUUCUUUAUUUCCAUGGUAACAAAAUGUAUCUCUCUUGAUGUAGCCAUUGUAUUUUUGUUUUUUCCAUGGUAACAGAAUGUACAGUUGGAAUCUGAAGUUUACAUACACUUAGGUUGGAGUCAUUAAAACUUGUUUUUCAACCCA